AUGGGACCUGAAGCUCCUGCUGUACAGGUUGAGCAGGACUUGGCAAAGAAUGUGGGGGAGUUAGGAAACAACAGGGAGUGUCCUGAGGAUGCCAAGGACGACUUUGUUGUGGAUUGCGAAAGUUGUGUCAGUUGGAACUUGAACUUGAACUUGAACUUGAACUUGAACUUGAACUUGAACUUGAACUUGAACUUGAACUUGAACUUGAACUUGAACUUGAACUUGAACUUGAACUUGAACUUGAACUUGAACUUGAACUUGAACUUGAACUUGAACUUGAACUUGAACUUGAACCUGAACUUGAACUUGAACUAG